GCCAAAUAACACCAUUUUCCACAAAUUGUCGUCCAAUUUCCAUUUUUACGGCCAAAAAAAAAAAAAACAAUAAUUUAAUUUUAUCGAUUGCUUCGUCGUUAAUUUUCCCAUCUCUCCUCAUCUUUCCUUUCUCAUCUCUCGAUUCCUUUCCAUAUUCCAUUGAUUUCUCUCUUCUUUUAAAUACAGAUUCUCUCUUCUUCUUCUUCUUCGUUUUUUUUUUCUUUCAAGAAUCGAACAGAUAUAUAAAUCGCUUUUUUCACAGAGAAUCUCGCCGGAGUUUUGAUUCAUAUAUUCGAAGGUUAUGGCGGAAGAACACAGGCUUCAAGAACCACGAUUAUGUGCUAAGAAUUGUGGUUUCUUUGGAAGCACCGCUACACAAAAUCUUUGUUCUAAAUGUUUCAGAGAUGUUCAACAUCAAGAACAAAACUCUUCCACCGCUAAACACGCUCUUAACCAAACCUUAGCCGCCGUUUCUACAGGUGGCGGUACCGCGUCCUCCUCCGUAUCACCACCGCCUCAAGCUGAUUCGAAAGAAAUCGUCGAAGCGAAUUCGAAGAAACGAGCGGCGGCUGAGGAGGAGGAAGCGGCGCCGUCGCAAGAUCCGAAGCGGUGUUUGACUUGUCGGCGGCGGGUGGGAAUAACGGGGUUUCGGUGUAGGUGUGGCUUCGUUUUCUGUGGGACACAUAGGUACGCGGAGCUGCAUGAAUGUUCGUUUGAUUUCAAGAGGAUUGGGAAGGAUAAGAUCGCUAAGGCGAAUCCGAUUGUGAAAGCUGAUAAGCUUGAGAAGAUUUGAGUUUGUUGUUUGUUGUUGUUGUUUGGUUUGUGUGUUUGAAUGAAACCCACACACAUGAUGAUGAAGAAGAGCAAGAAACAAACAUGCUAAUGUAAAUUUAAUCAUAUCAUUUUAAGCUUUAUUUGAUGAUUUUCUUCA